GAGAGAGGGAAAUUAAACUCAGCAUCACAGAGAGAGAGAGAGAAGGGAGAGCGAUUAAACUGCAUCGCAGAGAAGGCAGAGAGAUUAAACUCAGCAUCGCGGAGACAGAGAGAGGGAGCACUUAAAUUCUGCUCCAAUUCCAACAGAGACCGGGAAGGGGGUUUUAUAUAAAAUACAAACCCCACAACAGUCAGGAAACUGCAAACAGAGUGCGGCUGGAAGAGUUGGCAGAGCAGCGGAGAUGGAAUGAUGGUGUCCUGUGCUGGCAGCAGUGGAGAUGAAGGGGCACUGAUGCCAUUGGGAUGUCUGUGUUUGGCUCCGAGGGAUGGGGUGUAGGAGCGGGCAGCGUCUCAGGCAGGUUCCUGCACAGACUGCUCGCCAUGUGCUCCGUGCUCAGCUUCUCCCUGCUCUGCCUGUCGCUGCUAGCCGCCCGCUGCCACUCUCUGCCGCCAGAGGCCAGGAGCCAGGAGGCGGUCUGCACUCACCAACAGCCGGCGCAAAGCACCCCCAGCCCGGACAGUACUCCCCGGCCCGGCGGCCAGGAGCUCUGGGCUGGCCAGGACAGCGCGGAGCCACAACAAGGCAGCGGAGCCCCGGAGGUGACCGCGAUGUCUCCUCUCAUCCCGGCUAACGGAACAGUCAAGGCGGGCAGCCGCUGGUGGGGCGCUCUCCGGCGGCUGCCUGAAGCUCUCAUCAUCGGAGUGAAGAAGGGAGGGACCCGGGCUCUGCUCGAGUUCAUGCGGCUACACCCGAGUGUCCGGGCGCUGGGGGCUGAGCCACACUUCUUCGAUAGACACUACGGCAAAGGGCUUCAGUGGUACAGGAACCUGAUGCCCAAAGCACUUGAUGGUCAGAUUGUGAUGGAGAAGACACCCAGGUAUUUUGUGACAGCAGAGGCCCCUGGACGUAUUCACGCUAUGUCUAAGGACACCAAGCUGAUCGUGGUUGUACGGGACCCAGUGACUCGAGCUGUUUCAGACUACACCCAGAUCAUCUCAAAAGCACCAGGCAUCCCUGGAUUUGAAACGCUCACUUUAAAAAACAGGACUACAGGCCUGAUAGACGCGUCAUGGAGCCCAAUCUGGAUUGGGAUCUAUGCUCAGCAUUUGGAGAACUGGCUCCAGUAUUUCCCCUUGUCUCAGAUGCACUUUGUCAGUGGGGAAAAGCUGAUCAGUGAUCCAGCCGGAGAGCUGGGAAAAGUCCAGGACUUCCUAGGUCUGCAGAGAAUGAUAACAGAUGAACAUUUCUUCUUCAAUGAGACCAAAGGUUUCCCUUGCUUGAAGAAGCCACAGGGCAAUGGCAAACCUCACUGCCUUGGCAAAACGAAAGGCCGGAUCCAUCCCGACAUUGACCCAGGAGUGAUAGAAAAACUGCGGGAAUUCUACCGGCCUUACAACCACCAUUUCUAUCAAAUGACAGGGCAGAACUUUGGCUGGGAAUGAAGGAGGCUAGGAGAGGCUAUCAGGACAAAGGACAGAACUACUUGUGGGAAAGGAGGAGAUACCAAUCAGGGUGCCAACAAAUCCACGUGACGACAAAGAUGUAGUCCAUGCAUUCAUCAUCUCUCCCAGGAGUCGUGUCAGGGAUGUGUGUAUUCUACAUCUGAUGAGUGACUGAUCGUGGGAGGGUGUGGACGUCUAAGUGUGAAGACACAGACUGAGGAUGAUUUCACUCAAUAUUUACUCAAAGCUUCAUCACACCUUCAAAAGGGCAAUGUCCAUCUUGUGAGGCAGACUAACUUUAUUUUUUGCUUGCAAUGGUCCUGAGCAACUUUUUUUUUUAACAUAUAUGCAUAUAUAUAUAAAUAGAUAUAUAGAUAUAUAUCUAUUAACAGCAGUGUCAGUAAAGUGAAUAAUGUCAGGGCUAAAAUCCCUUUAGAUUCACUUGCACUCAAAAACUGUACCAUAGAAAGUUGUUGUUUUUAUUAGGGAAUGCCUUUGCUGUCUAAUGUCACAUUGUAUUGUGAUUUAUCACUUCCUUCAUGUCAUCACAAUUACUGCUUUGUUGUAACAGCAGCAUCCUGACAUCAUAGAAGUGCUUAACUGCUUGCAUUGUUUUACUUUAAUUUCUAAUAGUCCUGAAACUAAUUUCCUUUCCCUUCUCCAUAUUACUAGAUGUGAUAUAAAUGAAAGGAGAACAGUGGGGGAUAUCUCAGUUGCUCAACUUGUGGGAAAAGCUUUUAUAACUCACUUUGUGCUUGCCAUGAAGAGAUCCUCCACUCCCAUCGAAUAAAGCCAGUGUUCUAUUGUU